AUGCAGUGCUAUGCAGCUUGGUAUGCGCAUGUUCCUGGAUUGAAGGUUCUAGAUCCAUAUUCUGCAGAAGAUUUUUUUUUUAGAUGCUUGAUGAAAGCGGCAAUUAGGGAUCCAGAUCCUGUUGUUUUCCUGGAAAAUGAACUUCUUUAUGGUGAAUCAUUUCCUGUUUCUGCUGAGGUACUUGAUUGUAGAUUCAGUCUUCCAAUCGGCAAGGCUAAGGUAGAGCGACAAGGAAAAGAUGUUACAAUCACUACAUUCUCCAAGAUGGUUGAAUAUGCUCUUCAGGUGUCUACCGAUAUACUGGCCAAGGAGGGUAUCAGUGCUGAGGUAAUCAAUCUUCGUUCAAUUAGGCCACUCGAUAGAGCUGCUAUUAAUGCAUAUGUGAGGAAAACCAAUAGAUUAGUAACCCUUGAAGAAGGCUUCCCUCAACAUGGGAUUGGCACCGAAAUAUGUCCCUAUGCUGUCAACCUUGAGAGGAUGGCUGUUCCGCAGGUAGAUGACAUUGUACGAGCAGCAAAACAGGCUUGCUACCGAGCAGUACCAAUGGCAGCAACGGCCUAA